AUGGUGAGCCUGAGACUCACAAGAAAGGUGCGAAACAUCUUGUUGAUGCUGGUAUUAUCAGCAUUGGUGUUGGUUUGCCUGCUGCCUCGAGGCUUCUCCAGGCCGGCACAGAUACGAAGCGGAGCCACCACGCCUGAAAUCGCGCCACAUUCAUUGGAACGUGAAAGGGGAUCUACUCUCAAAUCUUUGGGAAACCAGGGUGCCCAAGACGACGUGGUUUUGAAAUCGCCUACUCGGGUAUCAGACACCGAAUCUAAGGCAAAGCAGCGGCCUUCAUCAGUGAAAGACGGCCAAAUGGCCAUGGUCACAAUCGAGGGAUUAUACCAGGACUCAGAAAACACACGUGAAAAUGCAACUUUCUUUUCGCUAGUGCGAAACUCCGAUAAGUUUGGACUUCUCAAGUCUAUAAGGUCUGUUGAGGAUAGAUUCAAUGGACGGUACCACUAUGAUUGGGUGUUCGCCAAUGACGAACCAUUCACGAAGGAGUUCAUCGAGACAGUUUCAAGCUUUUGCUCGGGUACUUCCAAAUUUGUGCAAAUACCGAAAGAAAUGUGGUCGAUGCCCAAGUUUAUUGACCAGAAAAAGGCAACGAAAACCAGAAGGGCCAUGCGCAGAAAGAGAGUGAAAUAUGGCUUUUCAGAAUCCUACAGACACAUGUGUCGCUUUAACUCAGGGUUCUUCUAUGAUCUGCCGGUGAUGAAGGACUAUAGAUACUAUUGGAGAGUGGAGCCCGAUGUGGACUACAGAUGCGAUAUCUUGUACGAUCCCUUCACCGUGCUGAGAGAGAACGAAAAAGUGUAUGGCUUUAACAUGGCUCCACUAGAACUGCACACCACAGUGGAGACACUAUGGGACCAGGUACUGAACUAUCAGGAAAAGUACCCCGACAAAGUCGCACCAGACAACAACAUGGCAUUUCUGUCUGACGAUGACGGCAAGUCUUUCAACAUGUGCCAUUUCUGGUCCAACUUUGAGAUUGCAGACUUGGAAUUUUUCAGAUCAGACAAAUAUAGACACUUCUUUGACUAUCUGGACCGUGCUGGUGGAAUAUACUACGAGAGAUGGGGGGAUGCCCCGAUUCAUACCAUGGCUGUCUCGUUGCUCUUGAGCAAGGACAAACUGCAGUUCUUCCCUUCAACAGGCUAUUUUCACGAGCCAAACCAGGAUUGUCCCCGUGCUUUUGAUGUUAGAGUGAAGGGCAGGUGUGAUUGUUCGGCGAAGGACGAAUUUACGUGGGGCCAUCGUAGUUGCAUUCCAAAGUUCUUUGACGUGCACGGCUUCGAGAGACCUCAUGGUAGUUCCAACUUGAAGUACACGCCGAUCCACAAGAGCGCAGAGUACAAAAAGGAGAGAGCUGCCGAGGAGGCUGCUGAAGCUGCUGCUGAAGCUGCUGCUGCUCUUUCGGAAGAGUCAGCAUCCACAGACGAGCAAUCAGAAGAGGGCGGAGAAGCAGAGGUAUCUCUUCAUUCGGAUAAUCAAAGCGAGGGAAAUGAUAAGAACGACGACACCCCUCAGAAUCAAGAAGACAGAUCCGAGGAACACCAAGCGUGA